UUUCUGCAAAGAAACCACAAGCCUCCUCCACGCCACGAAACGUCUUAGUUAUUUGUCUUUUUGAGUUACUUGAAGUUCCAGCUGGUAAUUUCAGUUCUACAGUAAACGAGAGUAGAAGGACUUUGCUUAGUUCGGAAGUUAAGUGUUACUCCAAAAAUGGCAGCCAAGACGUUGUGGCUGUUUUCUGUUCUGGUCAUCUCAGUUUGUCAGGCAAACACCGAUGAUGCAUCAACACGAUCCACAAGGCAUUCUCCAUUCUACAGCAAACUACUAGGCAGUAGUAGUGUCCUCAAUACCGGAUUGCCUUACGUCGGCGAAGAGUUGGUUCUUCCAGUAGUCACAGAAACACCCAUCAUUGAACAUCGAGGCGUUUCUGAAUAUCUCGGCGGGAAAACAUUCCCAGGUCCUUACAACCCUGACCCCUUCUUUGACAACGCUAAUUACCAUCACCCUCUCUUCUCCUACUCCACGCCAUAUUCUAAUGUAAACUUUGAUCACACAGGAUACGAUAUUAGCAAGACUCUCGAUUACAUAGGAUAUCCCUACUCCAGUUACCAAAGCUCAAUUAUAGACGACAUACUGAUCGAGAAACCCUUGCCCUACGGUUCCGAUUACCCUUCAAGUUGGCACUCAGGCUAUCCAGGAUACUACGGACUCCAGGACAAACAUCUUCUAUCAACUGGUAACAUUCACGCAGGUCCCUUGUCUCCAGAAUACUACGGAAACAAUAAUUAUUACGGUUAUCCUAGCAAGUAUCUGCCUUCACCAAAUUUUGCCGAUAUUUAUCCCGGGCAUUACGGAGAGAAAUACACUUACAACAGUUAUCCCGGACAUCCAUCCAACCUAGGAUUCGAAGGACCAUAUUCACACGAGUUCCAUGAUUUCCGCAAACUGUAUGGAUACCCUGGACAUUACGGACAACCCGCUGUUGUGGAGCAAAUUGAAGAAAUUGUGACUGAAAAGCCAGUGUUGUCUGGAUACCACAGAUACCCUCGACAUUACGGGAUCCCUACACAUCACGGAUACCCGACUGUCGUAGAAAAAUUUGAAGAAAUUAUUUUAGAUCCAUCAAUCUCAACUGGGCACUUGGGACACCCAGGAUAUUACGGGUACCAAAAACACCAUGGACUCCCGAAAAUAAUAGAAAAAGUUGAAGAAAUUGUUGUGGACCCACCUACUCCAACAGGACAUUUUGGGUACCCAGGACAUUACGGAUUCCAAAAACAUUACGGAUACCCAGCAGUAGUAGAAGAGGUUGAAGAAAUUGUUAUCGAUCCACUAAUCCCAACUGGGCACUUUGGACACCCAGGAUAUUACGGAUACCCAAACCACCAUGGACACCCUAAAAUAAUAGAAAAGAUUGAAGAAAUUGUUGUGGACCCACCUACUCCAACAGGACAUUUCGGGUACCCAGGACAUUACGGAUUCCAAAAACAGUAUGGAUACCCCACACUAGUAAAAGAGGUUGAAGAAAUUGUUGUCGAUCCACUAAUCCCAACUGGGCACUUUGGACACCCAGGAUAUUACGGGUACCCUAACCACCAUGGACACCCUACAAUAUUAGAAAAAAUUGACGAAAUUGUUGUAGACCCACCUACCCCAACCGGACAUUUUGGGUUCCCAGGACAUUACGGAUUCCAAAACCAUUACGGAUACCCCGCAGUAGUAGAAGAGGUUGAAGAAAUUGUUGUCGAUCCACUAAUCCCAACUGGGCACUUUGGACACCCAGGAUAUUACGGAUACCCAAAACAUUACUGAUGCAACACUGUGAAUAAGAUUUAAAACUGCCGCUGAGACAUCAGUAUCAUCAGAAAAUAACUGACAUCCAAAUCAGUUCAUAUAUCCGGCAAUAUGCCCUACCUAUUAUUAGAUAUGUUGGUACUGCAUUCCAUGUAACAUGUCUUGCACAGCAUUUGAAAAAUUAGUUUUCUUUCCUCUCAACGACAGAACGUCCUUGACCUGCUUAUUACUGCCGCUAAGAACGGCACUGAGGCCUCCCGCCUUCAUGAAUUACAUUGUACGUCAUACAUUUCAUCACAUUAAUUAUUACCGUUUUACAUGAGUUAAUAUUAUUUAUUUAUUUACUUACUUAUUACAUUACUCUGAUAGACGAGAUAAUGUCUAUUUAUAUACGUACUCUGUACGUCGCAUAUUAAUAUUUUUUGUACUGCCUAAAAUUUAUAAUAUUUCAGUA